UAACCAAGAGAGAAAAGCGUGGGUGCUGUCGUCAUUUUGGUCUAUAUAUUAUGGGUCAAUCGGCUCUCUCCAUCCGGAGUUGAAGGCGAAUUCUUCAGGAGUCAAGUUGCUCUGCACGAAGACUACGCUAGGCUAAUUUCCUUAUACUUUAUUUCAUUACAGGAGACAAUUUUAAAACAUAACUUUGUAAGAAAAGCAUAAAAUAAUAAUGUUGAAUAAGGCUUCGAAUUUUCUCUGUUGGCUUGUCGCUUUGUUACUGGUAAAUUCCUUCACGAAGGUCGUCAGUAAAGUUAACCAACAUCAACUUGAAAAUCAUCACCUUCGUUUGAGCUCUUCAAGGAGCCCCUUAGUCAAAGAUAAGGAAUUAACGACUGUCAGUAUGGGAAUUUUCGAAGAAAUUAUUCUCAACAUUUUAGCAGAUAAAAUGAAAUUCACGUAUGAAAUUAUUCCUCCAUCUGACAUUUUAACACUUGGUGUUCGUCAAGCAAACGGAUCGUGGACUGGAACAACCGGACAGUUGCAACGCAAGGAAGUUGACAUGUGUGUCACUAUUAGUGCUCCGGCUUCCUCUAAGACGCCGGUUCAAGACAUAUCCUAUCCGGUGAUGUACGUCGAUUCCGCCAUUUUAAUUCCAUUUCCAAAAGAGAAAACUAAGUGGAUAGUAACUUCAACCUUUAAGAAUAAUGAGGUUUGGUUGGCCACCGGAUCGUUUUUCAUAUUCAUGAUCCUGUCUGGAUGGAUUAUCCAUCGCAUGACCAUCUCCAAAUCGAAUCAAAAUAGCCAGAAUACAUUACCGUUUUGGAUAUUUUAUUUUAUGUCCAUAUGGACAUUGUCUCAAGGGGACACACUGAGAAAUCGAUCGACACCCAUUCGACUAGUCUGUAUCGUUUCCUUUUUCGGGAUUUUCAUAAUCACGAAUUAUUUUACGGCCUCGUAUACUUCGAUUUUAUCCAUCCCCAGCUUUAAAACGACUGUCUCUUCCAUCGAUGAUUUAGCAAACAACAGAGGAGUCAUUCCACUUUUUGUUAAAGGCUCCAGUUCGGACGAGUUCAUUAUGGCUUCAACAAAUCCGACCCUGAAGAAAAUUGGGGACAGAAUGAGAAAACAUCCGGAACGAAGAAUCCUUAAUGCGUUAACUGUUGACGAUAUUUCGACUAUUGUAAAAGAAGAAGCCGCCCUAAUUUUGGUAAAGUCUACAGCAGAAUCCUUAAUUGAAAAUAGCUAUAAAAUCAACAAGGACUGUAAAGUAACACUGGCCGAAAAGACCUUCUUCAGUCGCCCACAAACUUUCUCCUAUCCGAAAAACAGCCCCAUAGUCAAAUCCGUUGAUUACAAUCUCCUGUUGAUGCAACAAGCGGGAUUGAUCCAAUACGCCGAAAAAAGAUCCGCCGUUCCCUACAAUCGCUGCUCUAUCUCUGAAGCGAAGAAGAUUGCAGCUAAUAAAGCAGUUCCACUUAAACUUAAAGACGUGGCCGGAGCGUUUGCUAUUCUCGCCUUCGGAUUCAUAUUGAGCUUUAUUAUUCUGUUUGUCGAAUGUAUCUUUAAGAAGAUGAACGCAAAAUGAUGUUUUUUUGUU